CCCAGGCAGCUUAUAGUAUUUGUAAAACGUGAGACACAAAGAAAGCUUGUUCCUUUGCUGAAAGCAGUGUGCGCGUGUAUGUUUGCUUGGAGAAUGUAAACCCCUAUUGUACGUACCUUUCAGAGCAGGUUCAUCAUCACAGAGGGUCUCCAUCCUGUGAACAUUUAAACACAAAGAAGGGCAGUCUGGCACCUGAGACAAAAGAAAAGAUCACAAGCAGGAGAUCUGAACUGGAUAGCAGGCACUACAGAAGAGGACCUGGAGUCUGGACUGAAACAAGAACUGACUGACAUACGUGUUUUGGAUAACAGCUGGGGAUGAUAUGAUCUCUCAUGUGGAGGACGCAGAGGCCGAUGAGCUUAUCAAUGAGCAUGUGCUUCUGCCUGUGAAAGAACCAAGAAACAUAUCCAACACCACUGCCAAGCAGAGCAAAAAUGCCUUCAUUUAAAGAAACCAGCUGCAGUCUGGGACUUUAACCCUGAAACGCAGCAGAUCCUCUGGGCUAAAGUGAGAAGUGUGGACGUGGAGCCUGCUGUCUGUCAGCUCGGACCCGGCGCCUGCUUUCAGUCCUAAUGCCUGGACUGUGUGACAUCAAGACACCACAAGAAGGAGAGAUCUUCAACAUGAACACAGACAGUGGAGGACAUGUCCGCAAAAGCGCCACACUUUCACUCACUCUAACCCCCAUGAAGAGAAUCCAGAGCUCACCGAACCUAUACACGCUCACAGGUAUCAGGAAUCAGAGUCUCUUGUCAGAUUUUUGGAGGCCCAGCAGCAGCACCAGUGAUGGUCUGAGAAAUGGUGACUUGUGUUCUUCUUCUCUGGCAGCUAAAGGCUACAGAAGUGUCCGGCCCAACUUUCAGGAUAAAAAGUCUCCCACACCAGCACAAGAGCAUAGUGCCCACUCCAACAGACUGCAUUCCACAGAUGACCAAACCUCAUGUUCUUCACAAGCAGAGCAGCCCUUCUUACACCCUUCAUCUAGGGAGCUGGAGAGAUAUGUAGCUUCCGUCUCCAUCCACAUUAACCCUAGGCCUCAGAUAUCGGGACGGCACACACAGGCACUGUCUUUGAGACCCCCUACCCCUCCUAAAAGGAUGGACCUCCCGGAUAGCCACUCACACCCCUGCCCUCCACUGCCAUCUUCAGCCCCUCCAGUGCCUGAGGUGCCAGCCCUCCUCAAACAAACACUGACUUCACAGUCACCACCUAACCAGCUCAGACUCUCCCUCGAUUUCAUCAGACCUGACCAUCACCCCGAGACCCCUUCUCCAGGUCCUCCUUCUCCCGGCUCGGAGCCUCCACUGGGACAGAGCCGCUGCUCUUCCUGCACUCAGAGCGAAGCAUCCACAGCAGUGCUGGAGGAGUUGAGAGAGUGUGGACUAGGCCUAGAGGCUGGCUCUCGUACCCCUUCUCCAACCCUCAGCCCGAUCAGUGCGGUCACAGUCAACAUGGGGUUACCCUCCCCUCCAGCUAGCACCGCUCAUGGCCAGAUGACUAUGAACGGGGGUCUGAGUGUGCCAGCAAGUCCUCGCAGUCACUUCCAAAGACCCUUCUCUCCCUCAACAUACCCCCCUCCUCCUUCACUGAGCCCUAGUAUUACAGCCAUGCAGCAGGCUAGAAGCACUGCCUCUGAGUCUAGCACUCCCAUCUACGCCAACGUGGAUCCUCCUGCACGAGCGCCACAGACUGACAGGAAAGAAGCAACAGGGAAAGCUCCGCUCUAUACUGGCAUCGGUCCUGUGGAUGAGUCCAGGAUUCCCGUUACCAUACGGAUGACUGUUGACAGGCCAAAAGAUUGGUACAAGACCAUGUUCAAACAGAUUCAUGUGGUUCCUAAACCAGAGAACGAAUGGUCUGGGUCCCAUACUGCCACAGAUCCUGUUACAAGUACUGGUACAACUAUUUCCAAACAAGAUAAGCAUGCUGCACCUAAUGCUGUUCAGGCCCACCCUGCACCUAAAACCAGCACCUACCGACCCAUCACCAAGAGUGUCUCUGAUAACGGCGUAUACAGUUUCAGCGUGCCUGCCUCCUCUUCUGUCCCUACCCCUCUGCCCACAUCAGCAUCCACACAGCAGAGAUCCAGUGAAAGGGAGCACACUGACAUAAUCAACGAUGUUCCCUUAUUUCUUGCCAUUUCUCAUUUUACAUCUGUAUCUGACUGUCACAUUCACAUGAUUACCUCGUUUCAUCCCUUCCUUUCGUCUUCUCCCCCCACUUGCUUUCAUUACCAACACCAGACAAGUAAAUUAAGACCAGAGGACAUAGAUUUAGAGAAUGAGCCGUGGUAUAAGUUCUUUGCUGAACUGGAGUUUGGCCGGCCGCCUCCAAAAAAACAUCUCGAUUACAAUCCAGAGAGCUCGCCUCGAUUCCGAGCGGAGACCUCCCUUUAUCAGCCAUCUAUAGACAGGAGCCUUGAAAGGCUCUCAAGCUCUGCCAGUGAUAACAAGAGACGUAAAUCUGAACCUGUAGCCACUCAGCCCAGGGCUCAGAGCAGUGUGGGCACAACACAAACGUCUGUCAGACCACUAGAGCUACCCAGGAGCAGCAGCACCCAGAGGAAUCCCCUCACCAGCCCCAACUCCCCCACCACCACCAGGACUAAAGGUGGGGAUGUGAGCAAUAUGCACACAGCACAUUUAAAUUGUCAAAGUCCAAUCCAUGCUACCUCAGAAUCCACAUAUCAAAAGAAAGGGCAAAAUGAGGACAGUUUCAUGGCUGUCUCAGAAGGCUUCUCCAGCCUCCCUGAAGGCUGGAAAACAGCCCAAGAGCACCCAGAAGACUGGAUGAUCUCAGAGGACACCACAUCUAAGCUCAAAUCCUGGAGUUGUGAUGACCUUCUCUCUGAGGGGAGAGGAAAAGAAGUGCAGACCCGUUCGGAAAGCACAGGCUUUUUGUUGCACAAUGGGGAACUAGAGGCAUCACAAUGCAUUGGCACCCAAGAGUCUAUGGAUCCUAGGCAGAGGACAAGGCACCGCUCAGCCCACGAUGCACCAGGCUUCCUCAAACUCUACAAAAAGAUGCAUCACAUCAACCGACAAGAGCUGAUAAACUCUACGGUGAUAUGCUCCGUCAAAGCCAGGAUCCAUAAAUAUGAGAGUGAACAGCGGAAGGACAGACACACUGACAACAAGGACUGUAACGAAGAGGUGCCUCGGGACAUGGUGCACAAUAGGAUUUCUGAAUUUGAAAGUCUAAUCCAGAAGUCCAAAUCCAUGCCAAAUCUUGGGGAUGAGUGCCUGAUCAGGGGUUCUUGGAGGAGGGCCAGCGGCCCCAAGCGUAGCCUUUCUAUUGAGUCAUUACUGGAUGAAGAACCACCAGCCAGAAAUCCACCUGAAGGACGGCCUCAAUACCCCAAGAUAAACACCCAUGUGCCAAUCCACAUUCAAGUCACCAGUGACCAAUUACAAAACUCUACCAUGCAACACGACUACUCAGACAGCGAACAUGAUGCUGUAGUGUCCGACCUCAGCGACUUCAUCCAGAUUGAGGGAUCAUCCUUCUGUAGCGAAAGGGAGUUUGACGUGUGUUCAUUUGCCUCCUCCGAAAGCUUCUGUGGAUCCGGGCACCACCAUCAUCACAGGCAGCUUGUGAGCUCCUGUAAGGGCCGCUGCCCGGCUUCCUACACGCGCUUCACCACUAUGAUCAAGCACGAGAGGGCCAAGCAGGACCGGAGGCAACAUUUGCGUGUAGAAGAAUCUGAGUUCGGCCUCAGCAAACUCGCCUUCCUGGUAAGCCCAGUGCCUUUCCGCCGAAAGAACCUGUCACCUUUGAGUUGUUCCCGAGUGCCAAACUCCAAGAGCUGUAUGUAUGAGGCCCUAGAUUCGGCCCUGAAAGACAUCUACGACCACAUCCACACUGAGAAGCACAGGGGAAACCUGCCGGACAACAGCAUCCUUCAUAGGUUGCUGGUGGAGUUGCUUCCCGACAUUCCUGAGAGGAAUUCAUCUCUACACGCACUGGAGAGAAACAGCCCAACAAUUCAGCCUCGCUCUUACCACCCACAGCCUGACGGCAUGCCCAGCCAGGACACUCACCGAUCUGAGUACUCACGCCUGUCCCAUAGUGCCUCUCACAACCAUAUAGACAGCAACAACAACCAGAGGAAACACAACUUUGAAUACUGCUAUCAAGAUCAGGACACAUCCAGAGAAUACUCUUACCCUGAUGUGGGCCGCCGCACACCACAGAGCAGGAGACAAACCCCUGAUGUCAAAGAGAAACUGCCAGCCAGAGCAAUAUAUGACUUCAAAGCACAGACAGCAAAAGAGCUGACUUUUAAGAAAGGAGAGACGGUAUACAUCACUCGGCAGAUAGAUAAUAACUGGUAUGAAGGAGAACACUGCGGACACGUAGGCAUCUUCCCCAUCUCAUAUGUGGAGAAAAUCCCUCCUUCAGAGAGACAUCAGCCAGCGAGACCUCCACCUCCAGCCCAAAGCAAAGAAAUUGGGGAAGCAAUUGCCCGCUACAACUUUAAUGCUGAUACUAAUGUGGAACUUUCAUUAAGAAAAGGCGAGCGUGUUGUUCUGUUGCGGCAGGUGGAUAAGAACUGGUUUGAGGGCAAAAUCCCAGGUACAAACAAACAAGGGAUUUUUCCUGUGUCGUAUGUGGACAUGGUUAAGAAGACUUCAGUACAAAGUACCGGUCAACCUCCUGGGCCCAGUAUACCCACCAGCUACUCCAGUGACAGACUCAACAGUAGGCCAUCAUCUGCACGUACCCUCUACAACUCUCCAUCCCCAUCUGUCCGUCCACUCUCCUCAUCCUCUCCCAGUCCACAGAGAGCCGCACAUCUUCAGGCUAUCACCAGCGAUUGGUUGGCCCUCACUCUGGGUCUGUCUCCUUCAGGAACCCCUGCCCCCACACCUCCUCCAUUCCCUUCCAAUUUCCAGCCAUACUAUGAAGUAUUGGAUUCUGCCAUCUCCCCUUCUCCUGCCUCCUCCAUGCUGGGCCGCUCUCCAGCCUUCACUCCCCGCACCUCCACUCCUGCGCUCAAAGAGGGUCACUUCAUUCCCAUCACCUCCCCAAAGUCCUAUAUGUCCCCCGAUCCCAGCCCAUCACCUCAACCUUACCUCACCUCCGCCUCCUUCACUCCUUCACCCACCUCACCCAUAUUUGACUCCAGCCCCAGGUCUAGCAGUGCUAUAGAGAUCCUCUCCAGCCAAAAAGCAGAUUUAGCUGAGAAAGAACUGCAGUUGUUCUCAGAUCGCAAAGACCUCCAUAAACCAGGCGAGACAGACCCCACUAAACUGCCCAGCCCCAUUGACUUGAUUGCUUUAGAGGCACACAAAUCCCCAUUGGACAUUCUUCCACCCAAAGACCCCGAUGAUGAUCUGUGUGAGGAGUUAGUGUCAAUUAUUAAGUCCAGCCAAUCAAAUGGCAUCUUCAAAGAAGAGGAGGGAUUUUAUCGCCAGGAACCAAAUAUAACAGAAAAGCUUCCCAGACUGUAUAUAGAGGAGGAGACAAAUGAAGACAACAGCUUCUUAAAUGAACCCCUGCCAUCAAAUACAUUUACUCCAGUCCAACCUGUCCAUAGUGAGGUGUCAGAUAUUGAGCAGGGUGAAGUUUCCCAGAAUGCCUCUCCACGUCUCUCUCCCCUGUCCUCACAGAUGUCAUUACCGUUCACACCGCCCUCAUCAGCUAAAUACUCCCCCCCUUCCCCGCGCUCCACCCCUCCACUGCCCGGGGUUUCACAGUCGCCCCCUCCCUCUGCAAAACCAUUCUCUCGACAGGACCUCCGCUCCCCAAAGGUCAAGCCUGUGUUAAGGCCUGAUGUUGUGGUUGUUGGUAAGCCCCCUCGUAGCCCUGUGAUGUCUAGGAGGUCCUGCGGAUCGCCUGUUAGAGGUCAAAACUUUUCACCAUCUCAUAGGCUUAAACAAGGUGUACUCCCCAGGGCCAGGCAAGCGGCCUAUUCCCCACAUUUCCUUCCAAACAAGGGGAGUACAGUCCUCGUUUUCAGGAUUCAAGGCAUUUCCCGACUGUUUCUAAGUCCACCAAUCAGACAUAUUUUAGAAAAUAUGUUGUUUGAUGGCUUAGAAACCCGUAACUUGAGCUCCGGUGGUCUUGGAUCUCACACGUAUUUGAAAAAAAGUGCAAUUCCUUUUUUCUUUUUUUCUAUACAAAUGUGGGAAACACACUUAAAUAGCCUUCCCUCUCGCAGAUUUCAAGCCCUCUAUAACUACAUGCCACGAAAUGAAGAUGAGCUGGAACUGAAGGAGGGAGAUGUAGUUGACGUCAUGGAGAAGUGUGAUGAUGGAUGGUUUGUGGGUAAGACUGUAAACUCCAUUUUCAUUAGUUUGCUGGUUACUGAGUGUUUUAGUGAGGUUCAUUUAUUAGCCACUAGCUGGUGCUAUUGUCCAACCAAAAAAAUACUGUCAACACUGUCAUGGUCCAAACAG